GCCGCACUUCCCGCGUUGAGGUGACGUGGGCGGGAGGGAGGCCGGGCUCCGGCGGCAGCGGCGCAAGAUGGCGGCCACCACGGGAGUAAAAGUUCCUCGUAAUUUUCGUCUGUUGGAAGAACUUGAAGAAGGUCAAAAAGGAGUAGGUGAUGGAACAGUUAGCUGGGGUCUUGAAGACGAUGAAGAUAUGACACUCACAAGAUGGACAGGAAUGAUUAUUGGGCCUCCAAGAACAAUUUACGAAAACAGAAUAUACAGCCUUAAAAUAGAAUGUGGGCCUAAGUAUCCAGAAGCACCUCCAUUUGUAAGAUUUGUAACAAAAAUUAAUAUGAAUGGAGUAAAUAGUUCUAAUGGAGUGGUGGACCCCAGAGCCAUAUCAGUCCUAGCAAAAUGGCAGAAUUCUUAUAGUAUCAAAGUUGUUCUGCAAGAGCUUCGGCGUCUAAUGAUGUCUAAAGAAAAUAUGAAACUUCCUCAGCCACCUGAAGGACAAUGUUACAGCAAUUAAUUAAAAAAAAAUCAUGCCCCCCCUUAUUCAAUUUAAGCUGUCUUCAUUUUCCACAGUAGUAAAUUUUCUAGAUGCAUCUUGUAGACCUCAAAAUACUGGAAAGGAAGUUUCCAUUCAAAGGAAGUUUUUCUUGAGAUACUGUAAAUGAUACUAAUUUUUUCAUUUGAAAUAUAAGUUGUGCUAUAACAUAUAAUCCUGUUGUGUAACCACUGUCCACAUAGCUGAACUUCUGGUAUCAGGAAAAGUCUAUUUAAAUUUAUUACUGUCGAGACCAGUGUGGCACAUCUAACUUAACUGUGAAACAUACAUCCCACAAUCACCUUGCUGUGUGUCUGGCCUGGGUUUUUUCUUUUUCUGUCUUUUGCAAUAGAGUCAAAGCUCAGGGCUAUUUAUUAGAGUAGACACAAAGGUUUUAGCUUCCAGUACUACACUGGGCGUUAUGGACUACUAAGGGGGAUGUGUGCUAACCUCAGUCAUCCCUCCCUUUGUGCUAUCUCUAGUAAAGGCUGAAUGUGACUGUGGUCAUUUUUGUUUUUGUAUUUUUUUUAAAUGUCCUGAUAAUAUGGGGCAAGCUUUUCUUCUUCCCUUUGGCCAAGGCGUAGAUUCUAUUUCUCUUCCUGGUCCCCCUCACCAGUAACAUGAGCUUUGGGUGAGGGAUUCAGGACUCUUUUAAUCUCUUCCCUCUUCCCCUCUUCACAGUAGGGGUGCUGCUUUCUUUUUGCCCCUUUUUGUGACUCUUCUCACCUCUGGUCAGCAGGGGUAACUGUUGGGGCAAUAACCAUACCUGUUCUCUCAUGCUUAUCCAUUUUGGUUUUGCGACAAAUUUAGUCUUCACCAGCCUGGGAAACGAGUAUCUGUUCUGCUGGCAAACUUAGAUUUCGCCUGCCCUCUGGCACUGCUGCCACACCGCCAAGCUGGCCACAGCUGAUGUUAUUAGAUAGGCUUUUGACAUGGUGAAAAGAGCAGUAAUUUACCAGGAUUGCUGAAAUCUUCUGCUGCCAAACUUUAAUGAGGAAACUGCACGUGGAGAUUCUAAAUAUACACUCCAGUUCAACUAGUUGCAUUUUGGUGCUUCAGACUGACCCAAGAAUGUUAAUUAACUGAAUAUUGCACUUAUGUUUUGCCCUUCUAAAGAUCUGACAACCACAGACAAAUCAAGUCAGCCUAGAUUUUAUUAGACUCUUUAAGUCUUAGAAGAGAAAACUCUUCAGUGAAGAUUUUUGGGAAGUGGUGUAUACAGCAGAUUAAGGACUUUUCUUGGCUUUGCAUCCUGGCAAAUCACUGCCUUUUCUGUUUUACUGUUUUGGACCACUAAUUGCUGAAAUGUGGAUGCAAGCUUAAAUACAAACAACCUAGUGUGUCCUCAGUUUUAUGAAAAAUUCAGUGUUUGUGUAAAAAAAAAAAAGAAAAAAGAAAAAAAGAAAUAAACACAUUUUAAAGCAGCAGCUAUCAAGUCAAUGAAAAUUUGAUGUUUCCAUUAACUCUUUUAAGGAAAAUAUUAGUUGUAAGGAUUUAACAUCCUAUGUAAUUAAAGUUUAACAUAACAGUAUUCCAUAAGCAGCCUUUUUAUUGUAUCAGACCAUUGCCUGAUUUUAAUAUAAUAAAAAGUGUGCAUUAAUAUUAGAAGGCUUUAAUUGUAUUUAUGUUUAGAAUUUUGAUCCCUUGUGGAAUUCUUGAUUUGUUGGAAGUAUCUUCCUACAGAUCUUGUUUGGUUAGCAGUGAAAUAUGAAAACUGGUGGUGAAAGGCAAUUGUCUUUACCCAGCUGCUGCUGCUGCUGUGCCUUUCAGCAUUCUGUGCAAAGGAGAAUCUUUAGCUUUAGCUUAAACUUCAAGCAGACUCAUAUAGACUUGACAGUUGGUAUUGUUUCUGUGAUAUUAAGGAACUGUUUAAAUGAAUUUCUAGACGCAUUUGCUAUCUGAAGGUACUCUGUUAUUGCAGCGACCUUUGUAUGCUGUAGUCAUUCGAAGGGAAUCAAAUCCACGUAUACCUGUACAUGUGUUAUAUUGACUGUCAGGUUAAAGAAGAACUUCACAGCCUGAAACUUUACCAGUUUCUCAAACAGUGAACUGUACAAAGCUGACCUUUCAAAAUCUGGAUAAAAAUGGGGCUGAGAAAUUUUGACCUUUUCAGGUAUAGUGUCUCUAUCAAAGAAGAUUGCCUGAAGGUACUUGUUGUGCGUUCACUUUAAAAUUUUGGUGAAACAAGUUUCUCCCUGGCUGUAGGAAUGUAAAAGGGAAUGACCUAUAUUUGUGAAACUUAAUGCUGUCUUCUAGCCUAAAAUAUUUUUCAAUCAUUUAAUAGCUCAGAGAGUAUCUGUGAAGACAAUGUGACUGAUACUUUGUUAACAUCUUGUGUGGGUGUAUUUAUUUAAAGUAGCUUGACAUCUGAAAAUGUUAAAUGAGAAUUGGAAGAAUGCUUGAUAAUUACAGUGCACUUCUGGAAUAUCUCUGUUUUUCAGAACUGUUGUAAGAAUGUCCUUGUCCUGUUCAGUAGGAUGUGGUGCAUGUUUGGCACCUUCCUCAACCUUCAUACUUCAAGUAAUGGUUUUAAAACUAUUGAGAUUGUCUGAUUUGUUUUGUAAGUUGUAAAGGUUAGAGUAUUCAUCCUCUUCGACCCUGAGCUGUGCUACUGUUGGAUCUAUGCUAGCAGGAGUCACAUUUUAACAAAAAUAUGAUAUAAAGUUGUGUGGUGCUUUGAAAAAACAUGUUUCACUUUAAAUUUACUUACCUAAGAGUUACUCUUUGAACGUAUCAGUGCUCCAAUAUGCUAAUGUUCCGGUUAAAAUCAAAUAGGAUUGAAUGGAAAAAUAACCUAGUAAAAGUUGGUUGGCUGCCGUUGCAUCUAUGUGUCUUAGCUUUGUCAAUGUUUGGGACUUUUGGAUUGUAUAGUGGAAGAGACCAGUCGUCCCACAAUCACCAUUUGAUACUAGUUGCUUGUUUAUGUUUCAGCAAUUAAGUGGGGAAAUGAACCCAUGUCUUACCUGUCUUUAUUCUACCUCUGGCAGUAUAAAGGCAAGGUUUUUGGCUGACCGCUGCUGAUCCUCAGUUUGUAUCCUGAACUGGUAUCUCUAAAGGGAAAGAUAUGAAGAGAUGAUAGAUAAAACAAAAAGUGUAUCAGCCAUAAAAUAUAUGUUGUUCCUUGGAGCAGAUUCUGCUGAAGGUGAUUGAAACAGUCCUCAGGGAAGAAGACUAAGCAAGAAGUCUCCAUGUGACUACCCUGUUAAUGGUUCCUUUAAGGAAUUGUAUAAUGCAUUAUUGUAGCAAAUAUUUUGUACUGGACACUUCAAAUAAGAAAAUUCACCUGUCUCUCAUUUCAGUGGACAUGGAAAAAAUAUUUGACUCAGCUAAUAGUAUGAAGACAGUAGAGGGAGCUAGCAAGCUUUACAACACUUCAGUCUGAGUAAGGUGCAAAUGCUGUUUAAUUUAAAUGUUAAGACCUCUUGUGAGAGACACUUCUCCUAUUUAUCCUGCAUCAAUUUUGAUUUUUAAAGCCUGUUAAUAUGACUGUCUCGCUAUGCAAGUAUUAGUUUGCUGGGGGAAAAUCAGUACUACAGUAAGAUUUUAAUUAUUAAUAAAGACUGAUUGUCAUUUGUUUCUUG